CAACAACAGCAACAACAACAUCAACAUCACCAACAACAACACCAACAUCAACAACAACACCGACAACAACCAAGCAGACAAAAUCAAUGACCGAGAAAGUGACUCUCUCUACUCAAGAAUCUUCAACAACACAAGCGUCUUCAAUUUCAUCUCAUCUGAAUUCACUGAAGACAUUAGGAAGAACCUUCACUACAUCGUCGUCUCUCCAGGAUGAGACAACAUUGUUACCAACUUUAGGAGAUUCUUCAACAAAGCAACAAGUGACAGAAUGCGAGCAGUUUGGUAAUGAUUGUGACCCAUUGACUGAGAAUUGUGUCGAAACUCAUGGGGAUCAUCAAUGUGAAUGCAAACGAGGUUAUUACAAAAAACAGGAUUCUGUCUGUCUCGCGGGUGUUUCAUUCUACGGAAGCGUGAGGAUAGUAGAGUCAGUGAGCCUUGGUGGAAGCGCAUCCAAGCCUGCUCAUUACACCCCGGAAUUACAAGAUCCUAACAGCGCAGUAUACAGGGAACUCGCCGAGAAAGUUCAGAACAUGCUCGACUCUGUGUAUCUGAGCGACACCAAGUCAACACCAACUUACAAGGGAUGUAAAGUGAUCAAGUUUCGAUCUGGCAGCAUUGUUGUCGAGUUUCAGCUCACACAAGCCGACGUUUCGACACGGUUAAAUGAAACUGGUCUGCAGCUUAUUUUACAAAAAGCUGUCGACGACGGAACUGUGAAAAAUAUCAGUGGUCUCAUUAUCUCUUCAAAGUCCGUUCGUGUGACUCCUCUUGACGAAUGUGCUAAGGAAGUUCACGACUGUUCCAUGUUUGCUACCUGUUACGAUCAACCCAUUGGCUUCAGUUGCAUCUGCAAUACUGGAUACUCAGAUUUGCAUAAUGACGUCAUACCGGGCAGAUAUUGCCAGUCAGUCGAGCGAUCGCAAAAACAACCAACUAGUCAGAUGCAUGUCGUCGUAGCCAUCGUUCUGGCUACCUCGAUUGUCGUUCUCAUUACUGUCACGGCGUUUUUGGCCUUUUUACAUAAGAAGUGCCAUGCAAGCCGGACGUCAUCGAGCACAGUCAAGAUGCCGACUGUCACUGCUGCUAGGAAGAUAUCUGAUGCAUUCUUAGCUGGGGAUGUAGAGGCUGGGGUGUGGUGUCCAGCCCCUGGGGAGGAGGGUGAUGCAUGGUCAACUGGAAGCUCAUCGAGUACAGGUCAAGAAACAGGAAAAACGAAGAAUGUUGACAUGGCACCCAUAGCGAGUAUUCCUGAGUGUGAGUUUGAGAUUGGACAUGACGUCAUUGAUGGAAUGAAUGGGAAGAAGCCAAAGGUUUGCUCCAAAUCGAAGAGUAAAGAAGCGUCCGAUCAGCACAAUCCGUUAAACUCAACGGUGGGGAGUAAAGCGCCCUCUAGCGGACAAGCAGAAGCCCCUGAUCGACAGCGUGAAGUAACACCCGUGGAUAAAGCAGUUGAUGAUCGGCUGUGUUGAUUAAAGCCCUAGUAGUUCUGAAACAGAGGGGCCUAUGUAAAUUUUAGUGUGUUUGAUAAAAGCAUUUGUCAUUUUGAUACAGGAGAUGUUGUUUGUUCGCUCCAUUAUCUUUUUUUCCGGAUUUUACAAACAGCUAUACAACAAAACAAACAAAAACAUUUAUUUUAGUUUUAGUUUUAAAUUGACGGAGCAUCGUAGUUGUAGAUGCAAUAUUAUUAUUCCUUAAAAGCCAAAUUGGAAAUGUGGGCGAGUAUGGUGACAUCUGGGCCCAAUUUCUUAUGCUAAGUAGAAAAUAUUGCUAAACAACUUCCUGGUAAACAGU